GUAUAAUACUAAACGAUGCAUGGUGCACUAGCUCACUAGCUAGUAAUACUCGGAAUAGUGUGUUUCUUCCAAAAGAAUAAUAUGAUUAAGAAGAUUAAAACCCGCCUAUAAAUAUCUACUAAGAAAUUAUAGUUACUCACACUUACAUUAUACACAUACAAGAAGAAAAAAAGAAAAAUGGUUAGGAUUUCAGUUUUAGUGUGUUUGGUUCUUUUGGUUACAAUAGGAGUCAUGGUUAGUGUCUCACUCGCUGACAACAACGAAGAGAAAUCGACUGAUCUGAAGAAAUUCAAAGGAGGAGUAACUGAUCACUCGAUUAGUAAGGCAAAUGAUAAUGAUCACGACGAUGAUGAUCAUGAUCAAGACGAUGAUAAUGAUGGAGAUCACGAUGACGAUGACCAUGACGAUGAUAAUGAUCAUGACGAUGAUAAUAAUGAUCAUGAUGAUGAUGAUAAUAAUGAUGAUAAUAAUGAUGGAGACGAUGACCAUGAUGAUGAUAAUAACGAUGAUGGUGAUGACGAAAAGAAGACGUUGAGGGUACACGAGCUAAAGAAGGGGAAUCUAACGGUCAAAUUUACAAACCGGGGUGCUUCUAUCAUGUCUCUCCUUUUCCCCAAUAUAAAUGGAAAAUUAGAGGACAUUGUUCUGGGAUAUGACAGCGUCAAUGACCACAUGAUUGACACGGUAUUUUGUGGAGUGACGUUGGCACGUGUAGCCAGUAAAAAGGAAAAGGCCGCUGCAAACGAUGGCAAAAACACGAUCCAUGGUGGGACGAAAGAGUCUAGCGAUGUGAUUUGGAGAGUUAAGAAACACAAACAUAAUGGCAAAAAACCUUAUAUUGUUUUCACAUACACAACAAGUCCUGAUGGCGAUCAAGGGAAACUUGAAGUCACUGUGACAUAUAAGCUGGUAGGAGAAAACAGAUUGAAAAUGGUGAUGCAAGCAAAGGCUAAAGAGAAAACUACUCCGUUGAAUUUGGUUCAUCGUUCUUAUUGGAAUCUUGGUGGUCAUAACAAUGAAGAUAUCUUCUCUGAAGAAAUUCAAAUUCUCGGUUCCGGUUAUACUCAUCUCGACGAUAAUCUCACUCCAACCGGGAAAAUCCUCGCCGUUAAAGGAACACCCUUCGAUUUUCGCCAACUCCGACCUAUUAAAGACAACAUCAAUGAGCUUAAGACAGGGUAUGGUAUAAAUUAUUGUCUAGAUGGUGUUGCAAAUAAGAUGAGAAAAGUCGUGGAGCUUGUGGACAAUAAAUCGAAGAUAAAAAUGGAGUUAUCUACAGACCAAUCCGGUCUAAGGUUGAAAACCACUAAACCAAAAAAUGGAUCGGUUCAUAAAGCUUACUCUGGUUUAUGUCUAGAAUCACAUGCAAUCAAUUACCAAUAUCGUUCUUCGCAGAUAAUUGAACCGGGGGAAACUUAUAAGCAUACUAUGCUCUUUAAGUUUUCUUUUGUUCCGUAAACUUUGUAACGUUACUUUUUCUGGAAAGUUUAUGACCAGAAAUUUUUUAUAUAAUAACCCAAUUUAUAAUGGGAUGAUCUGAAAAAUAUAUAUUGUAAUAGUUUGGUACUAGGUCCAUUUGCCGGUGAUUUGACAAAAUAUCGAAACAAUUUAUUUUUAGUAUUUUCGACCAAAUACAAUUUGGACAUGCUAGAAGAAAGCAUACUAAUUACAAAAUAUUUGUUACACAAUAAAACCGUUG